UGGCAAUCUGGUAACACCAUAUCUCGGACACAAAAAAAAUUCAGCUGAUUCUCGUAUCAAAACGAAUUGGGAGAAUCUUGAAAUUUUCAAUAGGAAUCCGAACCACCUACUAAAUUUCUCCCAAUUCGAAUUGAGAGUGGAGAAUCGUGUUUUUUGUUUUUUAGUGCGUAAUUCUAUUAGACCUCUUAUCAAAAUUGUUUGAAGUAACUUGUCAAAAAUGUGGUUUUCUGGCAAGAAGUAGUACCCGUGGAAAAUUGAAAAACGGAUUCAAGAAGCCGAGCUGAGGCCGUGAUAUUGGUAAUAUUGGUUCUAAUUAUACAACCAGCCGUAGCCGUAAAGCGAAACUGGUUAUACACACAGCAGCAAAAUCAGCAGAAGCAGCAGCAGCAGCAGCAGGAGGAGGAGGAACAGCAGCAGGCGGUGGAGGUGGAGAGGGGAAGGUUAGAUGGACAAAAUCAAGUUAAAAGUCAUUGGUGUGCUGCGUGAACGCGACGGUGGCAAUCGCAGCACUAGCGGCUCCAAUGCCGGCCAUCAGGUGGGCGCUGGGGGCACGGGAAUGGGCGUGGCCGUAACAAUCGGGGUCACACAGGACAACGGCAACAACGAUGGCAACGCCCCGGGAGUGGGGGCAACGCAGGAUAGCAGCACUGUCACUAUACAAGGAACAACGGUAGUCGGUGGUGGAGCAGGUGUCGCAGGCGGAGCAGGAACAACCGGCGUGGGAGGAGCUGCUCGCACCUCGGUACUAUCCCGGCCUCAGACCUCGAAAAUCAGCGCCCUGGACCUUGCUGGGAUUCUGAACACGCGAAGGCGUCUCGAGUGGACCAAGGAGUGGUUGCGAAAGAACCAAACCGAGUUCCUCAGCAAGGAGAACCUGCUAAGCGAGCUGCAGUCGCGCAAGGAUGAGUGCUACCACUUGAAUUACUUCCUAGCCAUCACGGAGAGCCAGUUUCGAUACUUGGUCCAAAAGAUGGAGCCGAUCAUCAGCCAGUACGCGCCACAACGCAAAAAGAAGUCAUUCAGCGCCGAGGAGCGGCUGGCCAUAACGCUCAAGUAUUUGGCAACGGGUGAAGUGCAUUCUUGUCGAAACUACUGCUUCCGUGCCUCGAAAUUUGUGAUAAACGAAAUGAUUGCCAAUAUCUGUCUGGGCUUCUACGAGCACCUCAAGGACCAAUACGUGACACUACCAAAGACUGACGACCAGUGGCGCACCGCCGCCGAGGAGAUGGAGCGCAAGCACAACCUUCCCCACUGCGUGGGCAACCUGUUCAUGCGCAGCAUCCAGCUCCAGAGCUCCGGAUCGGGUUCCGGUUCGGGAACAGGAUCCAGUGCAGCAGCGAGUAGCGACGAUCGCAAGCGGGCGACCGUCAUCUUUACAGGCAUCGUGGAUGCCGACAACAAUUUCCAAUACGCAAAGGUGGAGAGGGCGGCGAGCAGCCGUCCGAACGAUAUCUAUAACCAGACCACUGCCGUAGAGCUGAUAAGGCACAAGAUGAACGCUCUGGAGGAGCAGUCCGAACAUCUGGACCGCCAGGGCUAUUACUUCGCAGGCGAUUCGGUGCUUCCGGCCACCUCUUAUUUGGUUACCACGCGCAACCUACCCAAGGAUCGGGCCGUGCUGGAAGCACUGGAGCAAGUCAAUGCCCAUGCGGAGCAGACAAUGCGAAUCCUCUGCAAUAUGUUUCCGAUUUUGGCCCAACCGCUACGCAUCAGCGACAAGCAUAUCCGCGAGGUUGUGCUUGGUUGCGUGGCGCUCUACAACUUCCUGCGCAAGACGGAUGACUCUUUCCGCCGCAACAGCGACAGCAUUGUGCAGCAGCGUACCGAACAGCUAUACAGUGUCGAUAGUGAAGAGAUCGACGACGACUGCAUCAUGCUGGCCACCGAGGAGGAGCUGCGCGAACGGGCCGAGUUCACUCCAAGCGUCGGCCUGACCACCUGUUUCCAACCGCUGUGUACGCAACGUGGCGAGACGCCCGAAGGACUGGCCAAGCGGGACUGGCUGCUCCAGCUGCCCAUCGGCAUGGGCGGCGGCUCGUCCAGGGAUGCCAGCGGCAAUAUGGGCGGCAGUACAGACAGUGCGAGUGGCAGCUCGAACGGUAGCUUAUAUUAGUGCAAUUUACCUAAGUACUUUACGAAUUUUGUAUAGUUCCUUGUUUUAUAUUUUCUAAAUUUAUAUUCUAUAAUGAAUAAUUUGUAAAUCAUAAUUCGUAACGGCAUACUUCAUCCUUUACCUCUUGUUGGCGCAUACGAUUAUUGUUUUCGUUUCAAUUAUGUUCCGUGCUUCUACUAGGAUUCUGUAUAGUAAGCUUAGUUUCUUGCGGAAGUUCCGGUUCGAGUUUGGUGAAUGAUGCUAUGUGAUGUCUCAAAUCUCUAUUGUGGCCCAGUGCACUGCUCCAGCUCCUGGGGAGCCAGCAGAGUUUGUUGGCCAGGCAAGCAAAAAAGGUGGCAGCUGACAAAUGCAAAAAAUGCGAAGCGGAAACAGAUCAACAAAAUUACAAUUUUAGUAUUCGUAUUUAAGCAAAAAACAAAUAUACAUAAUUAUAUUUACAAAAUAAAUGUGUAAGGAGUGGUCUUUACGUGUCGAAAUCUUA